AAAAAGAAAACCCUCUGCCGCUGCAGUCUGCAGAAAGUAAGAGUGAUGACUGACCCCUUAGGCCCUUACCGCAUAGGAUGGUUUGACAGAAGGAGGCCGGCGUACGUGGAAUAAUUCUGGGCCCAAAGCGAAAGGCCCUCCCGCUUCACCGGCCAAAAAGGAAUGGCGCUCAAAACAUAAACCAGAUUGUGCCAAUCUCCCGUUUUCUUCAAAGAAUUCAAACUUCAACUCUCUCUAAUCGCGUCUGCGCUUCUGUUUGUGUCUGCGUAACUCCUUCACUUCCAGCAGCUUCUCCAAUAACCACCCCAAAAAGAGGCGCAGCGGAGUAGAGUUCCCGGCAGCAAGCCAGAAACUGAGAAGCUAGGGUUCGUUCCUUUCAAUUUCGAAUUGUCAGAGUCAGAGAGCAGUCGUCCAUCGUCAUCCAUGUCUCGGCUUCGUCCGAAGCUGGUUUUCUCUGGCUUCACCAAGGCCGAGUCCGAGAAGAUGGAGAAGUUGUUGGAUGAUUCGGUCCAACCUCUAAACACAAAGUUCUUUAAAAAUCUUGCUAGAGGUUUCAACCAAUCUUCUGGGCGGGCGGGUAAACCAGUUGUGAAAUGGACCGAGGUAGAGAGUUGGUUCCGGAAGAGGCAACAAGGCAUCACACCACCACUUUGCUCCGAAACUGGUGCUUCGAAAGAUGGUUCAAUGUUGCCAGGGCCUAGUCCUGCGAAUGAGUCUAAUGGUACCUCCAAAAAGGAUACAGGAAAUAUGCAAGAUCGGUCGACCAUACAAUUUGAAGCAAAGUCAUCAAAAGAUGGUGCUUGGUAUGAUGUUGAGUUGUUCCUUUGCAACAGAAAACUACCAUCAGGAGACCUUGUAAGUUGUGUUAGUAUGACUGAGUUUUUUUCCAUAUUUGAAGGAUUUGGGGCAGAGGAGGACGAAUGGGUAAAUGUAAGAGAGGCAGUCAGACAACGGUCUGUUCCCGUGGAUCCUUCAGAAUGCCAUUCGGUGAAUGUUGGGGAUGUAGUAUGCUGCUUUCAGGAGAGGAAGGAUUAUGCGAUGUAUUACGAUGCUCAUGUGACCGAAAUUCAGAGGAAACUGCAUGAUAUAAGGGGCUGCAGGUGCAUUUUCAAGAUACGGUACAAUCAUGACAACGUGGAGGUCAGAAUCUCGAUCGUUGUUCUUCCCCGGAAAGAGUUCGUCUUAGAAGACUCUGUUAUCGCCCAACACCUUGACGCAAGAAUCAAGAGAAGCUAUGGGGAGCGAAGCCAGACCUCUCUCAAGUGUAUAGUAGUCAUAUAUGCCAUCCAACAGAAUACCUGUGAAAAAUGAAAAGCUUUUGUUUCCUCCUUUUGAUGCUUUCAGUAAAUGGGAAGCUGGCAUUACCUCCCCGCUUGUUGAAAUUUGACUGUAGUCUGCGCAGUAGGGACUUUGUUCAGAGUCUAGAGAACUUCAUGGUUGCGCAUAGCAGAAUGUAGAUGGCCAAAACUAUUGAGGCUUUGGGGGGAGAAACUGUCGCCAGUAGCUUUCUGCCUGGUGUCCCGGUACCAGUUUUAUCAGAUGUCGCCGAAGGCACGGGUCUCCUGGCUGCAUCAAACUGAUGCACAACUUAUUUUGCUGCUUAGCUAGUGCUUGUUAAUAUUGUACAGGACUGGUCCGCUGUACCCGUUAUACUGGUCAGGUCUUUUACUAGUCUGGAGUUUUUGUAUCGACAAUGUGAUCUCUGGUACUGUUUUACAAAAAUUGGUGCUAAUGGCCAUCAUUCUUGCUCGCUGGGAGUUUCACUCGUGAUGCAUUGAGACUAGUGAUGACAAUUUCGACGCGAUAGGUCCGAUCUGUUUUGGAGUAGGUUCGACCUGCCGGGCAUGGGUAUUCUCAUAGACCCUACCUGUCCUGACUCGCCCCAUUCUUGACCUGUUCUAGAUUACAUGUAAUUUUAGUUAAAUUACUUACGAUUGUUCUUUUACUACA